UGUACCAGCGUUUAUACGAAAGAUAAAGCUGCUAAGUGUAAAAUCCCAGCCCUCGACCUUCUUAUUAAGUUACUUCAGACUUUGAGAAGUUCUAGACUCAUGGAUGAAUUUAGAGUUGGGGAAUUAUUUAACAAAUUCUAUGGAGAACUUGCAUUGAAAACAAAAAUACCAGAUACAGUUUUAGAGAAAAUAUAUGAGCUCCUAGGAGUAUUAGGGGAAGUUCAUCCUAGUGAGAUGAUAAAUAAUUCAGAAAAACUGUUCCGGGCUUUUCUUGGUGAGCUUAAGACCCAGAUGACAUCAACAGUAAGAGAGCCCAAACUGGCUGUCGUGGCAGGAUGUUUGAAGGGAUUGUCAUCGCUUAUGUGUAACUUCACUAAAUCCAUGGAGGAAGAUCCCAAGACUUCAAAGGAGAUUUUUGAUUUUGCAUUAAAGGCCAUUCAUCCUCAGAUUGAUCUGAAGAGAUACGCAGUGCCCGUAGCCGGCUUGUGCCUGUUCACGCUGCACGCGUCUCAGUUUAGCACCUGCCUUCUGGACGACUACGGCUCUGUAUUUGAAGUACUGUCAAGGUGGUGUAGCCACACGAACGUAGAAGUGAAAAAAACUGCGCUUCCCGCUCUGGAAUCUUUUCUGAAACAGGUUUCUCUUUUGGUGGCAAAAGACGCGGACAGGCAUAAAAGCAAGCUGCAGUACUUCAUGGAGCAGUUCUACGGCAUCAUCAGGAACGCGGACGCGAGCCCCAAGGACCUGUCCAUCGCCAUUCGCGGAUACGGGCUGUUCGCAGGAUCUUGCAAGGUUAUAAACGCAAAAGACGUCGACCUCAUGUAUGUGGAGCUCAUCCAGCGCUGCAAGCAGCUGUUCCUCACCCAGGUGGGCGCCGACGACGACCAUGUGUACCAGAUGCCCAGCUUCCUGCAGUCCAUUGCCAGCGUCUUGCUUUACCUUGAUGCAGUGCCUGAGGUGUAUACCUCAGUCCUGGAGCACCUCUUGGUGGUGCAGAUAGACAGCUUCCCACAGUAUAGUCCAAAAAUGCAGGCGGUGUGCUCCAGAGCCGUCGUGAAAGUUUUCCUCGCCCUGGCAGAGAAAGGGCCCGUUCUCUGGAAUUGCAUUAGCACCGUGGUGUAUCAGAGUUUAAUCAGAAUAUGUUCCAAAGCAGUGGUCCUUCAAACGGGUGCUGAGUCUGAAUCAGAAGAGUAUCGUGCAUCGGGGGAGGUGAGGACCGGCAAGUGGAAAGUGCCCACAUACAAAGACUAUCUGGAUCUUUUUAGAAGUCUUCUGAGCUGUGACCAGAUGAUGGAUUGUCUUUCACUAGACGAAGCUCUUUCCUUUGGGGAUUCCUCCCUUCAAAGACUGAAUCGUUUGCUGUAUGAUGAGUUUGUGAAAUCUAUUCUGAAGAUUGUUGACAAAUUGGAUCUUACGCUAAUAAAACAAAAUGUUGGGGAACAAGAGGGUGGAAAGGAGCCUGCUAGUGUUUGGGUGAUCCCCACUUCAGACCCGGCAGCUAACCUGCAUCCGGCCAGACCUCAAGACUUUUCAGCUUUCAUUAACCUGGUGGAAUUUUGCAGAGAGAUCCUGCCUGAGAAGCAUGUAGAAUUGUUUGGGCCGUGGGUGUACCCAUUUGCGUAUGAGCUGGUUUUUCAGUGUACACGGCUGCCACUCAUUAGCGGUUUCUACAAGUUGCUUUCGGUUGCCGUGAGUAAUGCCAAGAAAAUAAAGUAUUUUGAGGGAGUUGGUCCUAAGAGUCAGAAAGAGUCUCCUGAGAACCCAGAAAAGAAAUCUUGCUUUGCUUUAUUUGCAAAAUUUGGUAAAGAGGUAUCGGUUAAAAUGAAGCAAUACAAAGACGAACUCCUGGCCUCUUGUUUGACCUUGAUUCUGUCCCUGCCACAUGACAUCAUUGAGCUGGAUGUCAGAGCCUACGUCCCCGCAUUGCAGAUGGCUUUUAAGCUGGGCCUGAGCUACCCCCCGCUGGCGGACGUAGGCCUGCGUGCCCUGGAGGAGUGGGCAGCUCACGUCAGCAGGCGAGCGCUUCAGCCCCAUUACAAGGACAUCCUGCCGAGCCUGGACGGGUAUCUGAAAACUUCAGCCUUGUCAGAUGAGAACAGGAGCAGCUGGGAGGAGUCGGCACUUUCCCGGGCGGCCCAGCAAGGAUUUAACAGAGCUGUGUUGAAGCAUCUGAAACGGACGAAGAAAGUUUCAUCAAGGGAAGCGCUGUCCGCAGAAGAGGUCCGGGUUAGAGUGGUGCGGAUGCUUGGCACCCUCGGCGGGCAAGUAAGCAGAAACCUUGUGACAGCUCCAUCCUCAGGUGACAUGAUGAAGAAAUACGUCGCAUGGGAUCGAGAGAAAAGACUCAGCUUUGCAGUUCCAUUUGUAGAUAUGAAGCCUGUCAUUUACUUGGACACGUUCUUGCCUCGGGUUACGGAGCUCGCUCUGUCGGCCAGCGACAGACAAACCAAAGUUGCCGCUUGUGAACUUCUGCACAGCAUGGUUAUGUUUAUGUUGGGAAAAGCCACUCAGAUCCCCGAGGGGAGCCAGGGCUCCCCACCUCUGUACCAGCUCUACAAGCGAACCUUUCCUGUGCUGCUUCAGCUGGCCUGUGAUGUCGAUCAGGUAACCAGGCAACUGUACGAGCCCCUGGUUAUGCAGCUGAUUCACUGGUUCACCAACAAUAAGAAAUUCGAAAGUCAGGACACGGUGGCCUUACUAGAGACGAUAUUGGAUGGAAUCGUGGACCCCACUGACAGCACUUUGAGAGAUUUUUGUGGCCGGUGCAUUCGAGAAUUCCUCAAAUGGUCCAUUAAACAGACAACCCCACAGCAGCAGGAGAGGAGUGCAGUAAACACCAAGUCUCUUUUCAAGCGGCUGUACAGCUUGGCGCUUCACCCGAAUGCUUUCAAGAGGCUGGGAGCGUCACUGGCUUUCAAUCACAUCUACAGGGAAUUCAGGGAGGAAGAGCUCCUGGUGGAGCAGUUCGUGUUCGAGUCCUUGGUUACGUACAUGGAGAGCCUGGCCUUAGCGCAUACGGACGACAGGUCCCUAGGUACAAUUCAACAGUGUCACGAUGCCCUCGACCACCUGCGGCGCAUCGUUGAAAAGAAGCACGUUUCUCUAAAUGAGGCAAAGAAACGACGUUGGCCACGCGGGUUCCCCCUCGCGGCCUCGCUGUGCUUGUCGGAUGUGGUCCUGUGGCUGUUGGCCAACUGCGGGCGGCCCCAGACGGAAUUCCGGCACAAAUCCAUGGAGCUGUUUUAUAAGUUUGUUCCGUUACUGCCAGGCAACAAAUCCCCUUCUUUGUGGAUGAAAGAUACUAUCAAGAAACAAGACGCUUCCUUCCUCAUAAACACCUUCGAGGGGGGCGGCGGCUGUGGCCAGCAGUCGGGCAUCCUUGCGCAGCCAACCCUCGCCCACGUGCAGGGGCCCUUCCGCCUGCGCGCCGCCCUGCAGUGGAUGGACAUGCUGCUGGCCGCGCUGGAGUGCUACAACACGUUCCUCGGGGAGGGCACCGUUGACGCGUCCGAGGUGCUGGGCACUGAAACGCAGUCUUCACUUUGGAAAGCGGUGGCUUUCUUUUUAGAAAACAUUGCUCCGCAUGAUGUUACGGCAGCUGAAAAGAGCUUUGGCGGUGGGGCAGCAGAUAACAGCCCCAGCCCACAGGAGGAGGAGAUGUACAAUUACAGCAAGUGCACCAUUGUCGUUCGGGUUAUGGAGUUCACCACGACGCUGCUGAACAUCCACCCGGGAGGCUGGAAGCUUCUUGAAGACAAUUUAUGUAACUCCAACCUCAUGAAACUCUUGGUGAAGACCGUCUGUGAGCCCUCGAGCGUUGGUUUCAACGUCGGCGACGUCUACAUUAUGGACCACCUUCCCGAUGUCUGUGUGAACCUGAUGAAGGCACUGAAGAGGUCCUCGUACAAGGACAUCCUGGAGACGCACCUCAGGGAAAGAAUCACAGCGCAGAGCAUCGAGGAGCUCUGUGCCAUCGACCUAUACGGCCCCGAGGCGUAUGCGGAUCGGGCCCAGUUGUCUUCUGUCGUGUCAGCAUGUAAACAGCUCCACAGAGCCGGGUUUCUGCAGGUUGUCUUACCAUCCCAGUCCGUAGAUCAGCAUCACUAUAUUGGCACGAAACUCCUUUCCCUGGUUUAUAAAAGCAUCGCGCCUGGACAUGAGCAACAGUGCCUCCCUGUGCUCGACCCCAGCUGCAAGCGACUGGCCAGCGGGCUUCUGGAGUUGGCCUUCGCCUUUGGAGGACUGUGUGAGUGCCUCGUCCGGCUUCUCCUGGACACGGCGGUGCUCUCAGUGCCGUCCUCAGGAGGCUCCCAGAGGAGCAUUGUCAGCUUCUACCACGGAGAGUACUUUUAUAGCCUGUUCCCAGAAACAGUCAACGCAGAAUUGUUGAAGAAUCCAGAUCUCACUGUCUUGGAGCUUAUGAAGUCGUCUAUGGACAACCCCAAAAUGGUGAGCACGGUCUUGAACGGCCUGUUAGAUCAGAGCUUCAGGGAUCGGGCGCGUCAGAAACAGCAGGGCCUGAAGCUCGCGACUGCGAUUCUGCAGAACUGGAGCAAGUGCAGCUCGUGGUGGGCCAGAGACGCCACUCCCGAAAGUAAAGUGGCCAUGCUGACCCUGCUGGCAAAGAUUCUGCAGAUUGAUUCGUCUGUAUUUUUUAAUACGAGCCACAGUGCAUUCCCUGAAGUCUUUACGACAUACACUAGCAUCCUUGCUGAUUCCGAGUUGGGUCUACAUUUAAAGGGCCAAGCUAUAAUCAUCCUUCCGUUCCUCACCGGCCUCACUGGGGACAACCUCGAGGACCUUAAGCGUGUUCUCGAGAAGAUCAUCGUUUCUAACUUCCCUAUGAAGUCUGAAGAAUUCCCCCCGGGAACUCUGCGGUACAAUAAUUAUGUGGACUUCAUGAAAAAGUUUCUAGACGCAUUGGAAUUAUCUCAGAGCCCCAUGUUGUUGCAGUUGAUGACAGAAAUUCUUUGUCGAGAACAGCGCCACAUCAUGGAAGAUGUGUUUCAAUCCACUUUCAAAAAGAUUGCAAGAAAGAGUCCAUGCGCCACACAGCUCAGCCUUCUGGAAAGUGUCUACAGAAUGUUCAGGAGGGACGACCUGCUGUCCAGCGCCACCCGCCAGGCCUUCGUAGACCGCUCCCUCCUCACGCUGCUGGGGCACUGCGGCCAGGAGGCUCUGAGAGAAUUUUUUAGCAAAAUUGUGGUGGAUGCUAUUGAUGUGUUGAAGUCCAGAUUUAUAAAGCUAAACGAAUCUACCUUUGAUACUCAAAUCACCAAGAAGAUAGGCUAUUAUAAAAUGCUGGAGGUGAUGUACUCCCGUCUUCCCAAAGACGACGUCCACUCGAAGGAAUCCAAAAUUAAUCAAGUGUUUCACGGCUCCUGUGUCACAGAAGGAAAUGAACUUACAAAGACACUUAUUAAGCUGUGCUACGACGCGUUUACGGAGAACAUGGCGGGGGAGGCCCAGCUGCUGGAGAGGCGGCGGCUCUACCACUGCGCCGCGUACAACUGCGCCGCCUCCCUCGUCUGCCGAGUCUUCAGCGAGCUGAAGUUCUACCACGGCUUCCUGUUCAGCGAGAAGCCGGAGAAGAACUUGCUGAUCUUCGAGAACCUGAUAGACCUGAAGCGCUGCUACGCGUUUCCCGUGGAAGUCGAGGUUCCUAUGGAAAGAAGAAAAAAGUACAUUGAAAUUAGAGAGGACGCCAGGGGAGCCGCGCAGGGGGACGCAGGUGGUCCUCAUUAUAUAUCGUCCUUGUCGUACUUGGCAGACAGCAGCCUGACUGAGGAAAUGAGUCAGUUUGACUUCUCCACUGGAGUUCAGAGCUAUUCAUACAGCUCCCAGGACUCUAAAUCUACCCUUGGUCAUUUUCGAAGACAGGAGCAUAAAGACCCCGUUAGCCAGGAUGACGUCCUGGAGUUGGAGAUGGAUGAACUCAAUCAGCACGAAUGCAUGGCAACCAUGACGGCCCUGAUUCGGCACAUGCAGAGGAACCAGAUCCUGCCUAGAGAAGAGGGUCCAGCGCCAACAAGUCUCCCUCCUUGGAUGAAGUUUCUUCAUGACAAACUAGGAAACCCGUUGACACCAUUAAACGUUCGUCUCUUCUUAGCCAAGCUUAUUGUUAAUACAGAAGAAGCCUUCCGCCCGUAUGCGAAGCACUGGCUCAGCCCCUUGCUGCAGCUGGUGGUUUCGGAAAGCGACGGAGGGGAAGGGAUCCACUACAUGGUGGUCGAGGUCGUGGUGACUGUUCUUUCCUGGACAGGAUUAGCGGCUCCUGCGGGGGUUCCCAGAGAUGAAGUCUUAGCCAAUCGAUUGCUUCACUUCCUGAUGAAGCACGUCUUUCACCAGAAAAGAGCCGUGUUCAGUCACAACCUUGAAAUCAUAAAAACCCUUGUGGAAUGCUGGAGGGAUUGCUUAUCCAUCCCUUACAGGUUAAUAUUUGAAAAGUUUUCCAGCAGAGAUCCUAAUUCUAAAGACAAUUCAGUAGGAAUUCAAUUAUUAGGCAUUGUAAUGGCCAAUAACUUCCCUCCCUAUGACCCAAAGUGCGGCAUAGAGAGUAACAAGUACUUUCAAGCUUUGGUCAGUAACAUGUCCUUCGUGAAAUACAAGGAGGUUUACGCAGCAGCAGCAGAGGUGCUGGGGCUUGUUCUCCGUCACGUCACCGAGAAGGGACACGGGCUGGAGGAGCCGGUGUGUGAGCUGAUCGUGAAGCAGCUGAAGCAGCAUCAGAGCGCGAGGGAGGACAAGUUCAUCGUGUGCCUGAGCAAAGUGGUGAAAAACUUCCCUCCCCUCGCCGACAGGUUCAUGAGCACUGUGUUCUACCUGCUGCCGAAGUUCCACGGUGUGAUGAAGACGCUCUGUCUGGAGGUGGUGCUGUGUCGCGCAGAGACCGUUGCAGACCUGUACUUACAGCUGAAGGGCAAGGACUUCGUGCAGGUGAUGAGGCACAGAGAUGAUGAAAGACAGAAAGUGUGUUUGGACAUAAUUUAUAAGAUGAUGGCAAAACUGAAACCAGCGGAACUCCGAGAGCUCCUGAGUCCUGUUGUGGAAUUCACCACUCACCCCUCUCCAGUGUGCAGGGAACAGAUGUACAGUGUCCUCAUGUGGGUCCAUGACAACUACCGGGAUCCAGAAAGUCAAGCAGAUGAUGACUCCCGGGAAAUAUUUAAGUUGGCAAAAGAUGUGCUGAUUCAGGGACUGACGGACGAGAACCCUGGACUUCAAUUAAUUAUUCGAAAUUUCUGGAGCCAUGAAACCAGGUUACCUUCAAAUACCUUAGACCGGUUGUUGGCACUAAAUUCCUUAUAUUCUCCAAAAAUAGAAGUACACUUCUUAAGUUUAGCAACAGAUUUUCUCCUUGAAAUGACCAGCAUGAGCCCGGACUAUCUCAGCCCUCUGUUCGAGCACCCGCUGUCAGAAUGCAAGUUUCAGGAAUACACUAUUGAUUCUGACUGGCGUUUUCGGAGUACGGUUCUCACUCCCAUGUUUAUUGAGACUCAGACUUCCCAGAGUGCUCUGCAGACCUUGUCCCAAGAGGGAUCCCUUGCUGUCCAAGGGGCUGUGGCCAGGCAGAUACGGGCCACCCAGCAGCAGUACGAUUUCACACCUACACAAAACCCAGAUGGACGGAGCUCCUUUAACUGGCUCACUGGAAGCAGCGUCGCCCCGCUGGACUACGGGGCCUCCCCACCCUCCGAUUCCUUGUCGUCUUCCUUGCUGCUCGCUCACAAGAGGAGUGAGAGAGGAAAGACGGCGCCCUUGAAGUCAGUGGGACCUGAUUUUGGGAAGAAAAGGCUGAGCCUCCCAGGGGACACGGUGGAUGACAGAGCCAAAGGUCCAGACAGUCGGGCAGAAAUACUGAGAUUGCGCAGGCGAUUUUUAAAGGACCGAGAAAAGCUCAGUUUGAUCUAUGCGAGAAAAGGAAUUGCUGAACAAAAACGAAAGGAGGAGAUCCAGAGCGAGUUAAAGGUGAAGCACGAAGCCCAGGUCACCCUGUACAGAAGCUACCGUCACGGAGACCUUCCCGACAUUCAGAUUAAGCACAGCAGCCUCAUCGCCCCGCUGCAGGCUGUGGCCCAGAGAGACCCCAUCAUUGCCAAGCAGCUGUUUGGCAGCCUGUUCUCUGCGAUUAUAAAGGAGAUGGACAAGCACAAGACCAGGUCUGAGAGAAACAGCAUUACUCAGACGUUGCUCCGGGACUUCAACCACCUUCUCAGCAGCACUUCCUCCUGCUUUCCGCCCUUCGUCUCCUGUAUCCAGGAGAUCAGCUGCCGGCACACGGACUUGCUGAGCCUCGACCCGGCGUCGGUCAGUGCCACCUGCCUGGCGAGUCUGCAGCAGCCCGUGGGCAUCCGCCUCCUCGAGGAGGCCUUGCUGCACCUGGCGCCUCCAGAGCCACCGCCCAAGCGGGCCCGGGGGACGCCCCGCCUCUCUCCCGACGUUCUCCGGUGGAUGGAACUUGCUAAGCUGUACAGGUCCAUUGGGGAGUAUGACGUCCUCCGGGGCAUUUUCAGCAGCGAGAUCGGAACCAAGCCGGCCACGCGGAGCGCGCUGCUGGAGGAAGCCAGAAGUGACUAUUCGGAGGCUGCCAGGCAGUACAACCAGGCUCUCAAUAAACAAGAGUGGGAGGACGGCGAGCCUUCCGAAGCCGAGAAGGACUUUUGGGAGCUGGCGUCCCUCGAUUGUUAUAACCAGCUCGCUGAGUGGAGAUCUCUGGCGUAUUGCUCCACAGUCAGUGUGGACAGCAAGAACCCCCCGGAUCUAAAUAAAAUGUGGAGCGAAUCGUUUUAUCAGGAGACCUACCUGCCAUACAUGAUCCGCAGCAAGCUGAAGUUGCUGCUUCAGGGAGAGGAGGACCAGUCUCUGCUGACGUUUAUCGAUGAGGCUGUGAACAAGGAGCUCCAGAAGGCCGUCAUCGAGCUGAACUACAGUCAGGAACUGAGUCUUCUUUAUAUCUUACAAAAUGAUAUCGACAGAGCCAAAUACUAUAUUGAAAAUUGCAUUCAGAUUUUUAUACAGAACUAUUCUAGUAUUGAUGUGCUUUUACACAGAAGUAGACUCACCAAAUUGCAGUCUGUACAAACUCUUAUAGAAAUUCAGGAAUUCAUCAGCUUCAUAAGCAAACAAGGUAAUUUAUCAUCUCUAGUUCCCCUUAAGAGACUUCUAAGAACCUGGACAAACAGAUAUCCAGAUGCUAAAAUGGACCCCUUGAACAUCUGGGAUGACAUUAUCACAAAUCGAUGUUUCUUCCUCAGCAAAAUAGAGGAGAAGCUCACUGUUUGCCCAGAUGACUCUAGUAUGAGCUUGGAUGGCGAUGCAGAGCCCAGGGAGGAGGUGGAGGUGCGGGAGCCGCAGGAGGACGUCAGCUCUCUGGUUAAGAGCUGCAAGUUUGCCAUGAAAAUGAAGAUGGUAGAGAGCGCGCGAAAGCAGAACAAUUUCUCCCUUGCCAUGAAACUCCUGAAGGACCUGCACAAAGAGUCAAAGACCAGAGCGGACUGGCUGGCGCGAUGGGUACACAGCUACUGUCGGCUCAGCCACGGCCGGAGCCAGAGCCAGCGUUGUCCCGAGCAGAUCCGGACCGUGCUGAAGACAGUCUCCUUGCUGGGUGAGAACACUCCAAGCUACUCAAGCACUAACCCUUUGGGUCUCCGUGACCGCAACGUGCUCUUGGGCACGACUUACCGCAUCAUGGCGAACGCUCUCAGCAGCGAGCCGAGCUGCCUUGCUGAGAUUGAGGAGAGCAAGGCCCGAAGAAUCUUGGAACUUUCUGGAUCCAGCUCGGAGAAUGUGGAAAAGGUGGCCGCGGGGCUGUACCAGAGAGCAUUUUGUUACCUGUCGGAGGCCGUGCGGGUAGCCGAGGGGGGAGCCGGGCCUUCCAGUGGGGACCAGCAGCCCGCAGCCGGGGUGGCCGAUGCCCACAUGACGCUGGUGGUUUUCUGUGACCAGCAGCUGCGCAAGCAGGAAGAGUCUGCGUCAGUCACCGAGUCUGAGGAGCUGCAGACGUACCCGGCCCUCGUGGUGGACGGGAUGCUGAAGGCUCUCAGGCUGCACUCCGAGGAGGCCCGGCUGAGGUUCCCCAGGCUCCUGCAGAUCAUAGAGCAGUUUCCAGAGGAGACCCUGAGCCUCAUGACAAGAGAGAUUUCUUCCAUCCCUUGCUGGCAGUUCAUUGGCUGGAUCAGCCACUUGGUGGCCUUACUGGACAAAGAGGAAGCGGUGGCCGUCCAGCACACCGUGGAGGAGAUCGCCGACCACUACCCGCAGGCGAUCGUCUACCCGUUUAUCAUUAGCAGUGAAAGCUAUUCCUUCAAAGACACUGCCACUGGUCGGAAGAAUAAGGAGUUUGUGGCAAGGAUUAAACAGAAGUUGGAUCAAGGAGGAGAGAUUCAAGGUUUCAUCGGUGCCCUGGAGCAACUCUCUAAUCCCGAGCUGAUCUUUAAGGACUGGACUGAUGACAUCAAAGUUGAAUUAGCAAAGAACCCUGUAAAUAAAAAAACCCUUGAGAAGAUGUACGAGAGAAUGUAUGCGGCCUUGGGGGACCCGCAGGCCCCAGGCAUCGGGGCCUUCAGAAGGAAGUUUAUUAAGGCUUUUGGGAAAGAGCUUGAUAAGCACUUCGGGAGACAUGGUUCCAAGCUACCCGGAAUGGGGCUCCGUGGCUUCAGUGACGUUUCCAACACCCUGUUUUUGAAAAUGUGCAAAGACUCGAAGGCCCCUGGGAAUCUGAAGGAGUGCUCACCCUGGAUGAGCGACUUCCGAGUGGAGUUCCUCAGAAAUGAGCUGGAGGUUCCUGGUCAGUAUGACGGGAAAGGAAAGCCGGUGCCGGAAUACCACGCCCGCAUCGCGGGGUUUGAUGAGCGGGUGAAAACAAUGGCUUCUAUCAGGAAGCCGAAGCGCAUCGUUGUCCGCGGCCAUGACGAGAGGGACUACCCUUUCCUCGUGAAGGGGGGCGAGGACCUGCGGCAGGACCAGCGCAUCCAGCAGGUCUUCGGGGUCAUGAACGGCGUCCUCUCCCGAGACGCCGCCUGCAGCCAGAGACACAUGCAGCUGAGGACCUACCGCGUCAUACCCAUGACCUCCAGAUUAGGACUAAUCGAAUGGAUUGAAAAUACUUUUACCUUAAAGGACCUUCUUUUAAGCAACAUGUCGGAAGAGGAGAGAGCAGCUUAUACGAGUGAUCCCGGAGCCCCUCCAUUUGAGUAUAGAGACUGGCUGACAAGGACGACUGGGAAACAGGACGCCAGCGCCUACAUGCUCAUGUACAAGAGAGCUAGUCGCACUGAAACAGUCACAUCUUUCAGAAAAAGAGAGAGCAGAGUGCCGCCCGAUCUGUUGAAGCGAGCCUUCCUGAGGAUGAGCACCGGCCCCGAAGCCUUCCUGGCUCUGCGCACCCACUUUGCCACCUCUCACGCUCUGAUGUGCAUUAGCCACUGGAUCCUGGGCAUCGGGGACAGGCACCUGAACAACUUCAUGGUGAGCGCGGAGACCGGCGGAGUGAUCGGGAUUGACUUCGGGCACGCGUUCGGGACGGCCACGCAGUUUCUGCCAGUCCCUGAGCUGAUGCCGUUUCGUCUGACUCGCCAGUUUAUCAACCUGAUGUUACCCAUGAGAGAGACAGGUGUCAUGUACAGCGUCAUGGUGCACAGCCUGAGGGCCUUCCGCGCACAGCCUGACCUGCUGACCACCACCAUGGACGUGUUCGUGAAGGAGCCUUCCUUCGACUGGAAGAAUUUUGAGCAGAAAAUGCUGAAAAAGGGAGGAUCGUGGAUUCAAGAAAUAAACGUAUCAGAGAGAAACUGGUACCCCCGGCAGAAAGUGUUCUACGCCGCGAGGAAGUUAGCGGGCGCCAACCCGGCAGCUGUUACCUGUGACGAGCUACGCCUGGGCCAUGAGACGGUGCCCGCCUUUGCCGACUACAUCGCAGUGGCCCGAGGAAGCAAGGACCACAGCCUUCGUGCCCAAGAAGCGGAGAGGGGACUUUCGGAGGAGGCUCAGGUGAACUGCCUGAUUGACCAGGCGACGGACCCCAACAUCCUGGGCAGAACGUGGGGAGGCUGGGAGCCCUGGAUGUGAGGUCUAGGGGAGCCCGCGGGCGGAAGAUAGGAAAGCAAGACCCUGCGCGUCCCCCGAGCCCACUUUCCCGAAGCUCUAAAGAGAAGAAAAGGUCGUGGCGACCGAGGGAAUACUGAGGUGAAGGAAUGACUGGGCUGCAGGAAGGAGUUAGCUUAGGGCUGUAGCAGGCUUAGUGGGAGGACGAAUGUCUGGGCCACGCGCGUGUGCGGUGAGAGGCCUCCCGGGCGCUGUGACUUAGGCGAGCCAGCUGUCCUAAUUAAUGGAGCGAGUGUGGCCCGGCCGGGGAGGCUCAGCGGCUGAGCAUCCGCCUGUGGACCAGGAGGUCACCGUUGGAUUCCCAGGCAGGGCGCAGGCCCCUCCUCUAAAACCUCCACACACCUGGGACUGUUCUCAGGUUGGCUUGAGCUUUUUAUUACUGUUUCUUUCAAACAUUUGUAUUUGGAAACUUUUGUAUGAUUUUGAGAAAUGAUAAUGUUAAGAAUAUGGAAGAUUAAAGUUUUUUCCCAAAUUAGUGUAUAACUUUUAUGCAGUUUCAAAACCAAAAUGUUCACCUUAUAUAAAGUAUGUUGUUAUGUUACUUGACAAAUUUAUUCUGUUAACUAUAGGGUGAAUGCAUUGUGGCACUAAACCUUUAUGUUCUCAGCAAAUAGUCUUUAUUCAAAGAAACUUCAUCUUUAAGGAAAAUAAGCGGUCCUGCAUGUGGAAACCCAGUGUACACGCGACCUGGUAAAGAUGUUUUGCUGUAGCAUAAAAACAACCAAAAAAGCCUCCUGAUUCACCACAGUUCUCACUUGACUCCUGAUAAUGUGGGAUAUAUUCAUUAACUAGGCCCCCAUAUUAUGGGAAACUGUUUUCUAAUGACUACUUUUUAUGUCAAUAAAAGUUCAUUGUUACCAGA